UACCACUCACCAACCCACCACUAGCGAUUGCUUCCAGGUCACUCGACGCCCAAGAUGGACAUGGAUGACGACGACGCCUUUUUGUACGGCGACGAAGAGCCGGCGGACGAGGUCGAGGUCAAGCAGGAGCAACAACCCGCGGGAGCUCCUUUUCAAGCUGGCAAAGAUGCAUCAUCUUCACGAAAGACUGAAGAGCCGAAUGACGAACUAGACGACAUUUACGGCGAAGAUCCGACAUCUACAUCUGCACCUCAAACGGAAGAUCUCCCACAGGCGCAAGUCCAGGGUCAGGGACGAGCUGGGGCACAAGCUGAAGCUGGAGGCGGUCGAGCAGCACCGGGGGUCGCACCGGGUUACAGCUUGGAGAACGCUUUACACUCCAAUCCCGCUGGUGCAAGUGCAAGUGGACGAGAGACAGGGGGCAAUGAUAAUCAGGGCAAUGAAGUAGAUAAGGAGGAAGAUAUGGAAGAAGAUAUGGACGAAGAUAUGGACGAAGAUGAUGAUGACGAAGGAGAUGAGAGCGAAGAUGAAGACGAAGACGACGGGUUGGAGAUCUUGAUGAACGCCCCGCAGAGGAGUGUUGAUUUCAGGAACCAACAAGCUCUCCGCAAUCAGGGACCGGCGAUGAACAUCGCCGUGAGCGGGAUGGGGAUGAAUGCGGCUACUCUGGCGGCUCCACCGGUCGCAACCGCAACAUCGGCACUAGCGACGACGGCGACAGCGGCGGCGGGUACGGGUGCAGCUCCGUCAACAGCAUCGACGAAUGGGACGGGGAUGGUGACGGCGGGCUCUAUGACGGAUUAUACGCCUUUGGAACGAGGAGCUCCGGUUCCUACUCGGCCCGUCCACCAGACCUCAUCCACUCCUGUAGGACAAACUCAACCUCAAGGUCAAGGUCUCGGUCAAACGCAAUCUCAGCCGAUAUUGGGCGAACACACCGCCGAGACGGACCCGACCGGUCCUCCGGUCGCCCCACUCGACCCGACCUCGACCGCCCAGAUGGUAGUGCCCGAAUCAGACCUACCUGUCCCACACGCCCCUUCCACUCACCCGGCCGUACCCGACCCAGAAUCGUUCGCCCUCAAACCUCCGACGUUACCUAACGGGAAGAAUAUCUACGAAUACGACCUGGCCGUGCUGAAGUCGACGGGCCAGCCUUGGAGACGCCCAGGAAGCGAUCUGAGCAAGUGGUUCAACUACGGGUUUGAUGAGGAUUCGUGGAGCAGGUAUUUGGGGUGGAGACAGGGGAUGACGAGCGGGGUGGAGGUUGUCAAGGGGAUGAAGCCGGGGGACGCGUUGCAGGAUGACGUAGCGGACUUGUUGAGGGUGCCCAGGGCGGUACCUGGACAGAUGGAGAACCAGGGAGGCGCCACUCCGGGCAACAACGAUUCCAGCAAUAACAACGCCCCCAACAACAACGACGCGAAUCAGGCGAACAACAUGUCCAUGAUGGGUAUGGGCAUGGGCAUGGGUAUGCCCGAUGGAAUGCAGAUGAGCAUGCCGGACAUGUUUAACCAGAUGAACCAGAUGGGUAUGGAUCCGGCGGCCAUGAUGGGGAUGCCGAUGAUGCAAGGUAUGCAGGGGAUGCAAGGUGGUGGGAUGGAUUUCGCGCAGAUGGCAGGGAUGAUGAACAACAUGUUUGGAGCCGGGGGUCAGCCGCAACAACAGCAGCAACAGCAGCAACAGCAGCAACAUCAACAACAUCAACAGGUACAACAAGGUGGACAGGGAACGCCGGGACAGGGCGGGGAGACGGUCAAGCAGGAGGAAGGUGACGUCAAGACGGAAGCAACGCCGCAAAAUCAGGGCGACGGUAAUGACACACAACCCAAUCCGAUGGGCAUGCCUGGAAUGAUGCCCAACAUGGCCGGGUUCGGUGGACCGGACGGAGGGUUCCCGAAUUUUGCGGGGAUGAACAUGAUGCCCGGGAUGAACAUGCCCGGCGCAGCAGAAUUCGGCAUGUCGCCCAUGGGCAUGCCUAUGCCUCAGGGCCAGAUGGGGAACCUCAAUACACCUAUGGGCCAACAGCCAGGUAUGCCGAGGAACGCGCCUAUCGUGCCUGGUGCGCCGACUGGGCCGGCAGGUGGGUUCAGAGGGUCGAUCAGAGGUCGAGGAGGUGCGGUCCGCGGGAUGGGCGCUUUCAGGGGUCGUGGUGGAGCUCCUCCUACCGGACCUCGUAACGCCGGACCGCCAGCAAACGUUCCUACUGGACCCAAAGCCGGUCGACCCCAACGUGAUCGCGAUAGAAUGGUGGAUAGUAGCAAGGUCGAGCUCGAUUAUGGUGCCGAGUUUGGAGGCGGAGCCGAGUCAUCUGUCGCGGAGACUUCUCGACGGGGCGAUCGUACGGGAGAGGACGGAGAUAGGAGGGAGAGGCGAGCUGGUCGGGAUCUUGACCGAGAUGAUCCUCGUGAUCGAGAUAGGUCGAGAACCGAGCGCAAGGACAGCGAACGCAAAGACAGCGAGCGCAAGGAAAGUGAGCGUGAAAAGGAGGUCGAAAAGACGGAAAGUCGAUCGGGCUCGCGACGUGGAUCUCCUAGCAGGCGGAACUCGGUCGCUUCGGAAGCCAAGGUAGCGGUUCCGGAUACGGUGGUCGAGGAGGACGACAGUUCCAGCCGCACGCGCGCUAGGUCUGACAGGGAACGAGAGGACGGUGGGGGCCGAGGUUCCAGGUCUUCGAGAACGGAAAAGGAGAGGGAUCGUGAUGGCGAUCGACGUGAUCGUGAUCGACAUCGGAGCAGCCGCGACGACCCGACGAAAUCGUCGUCUUCGAGACGGUCACGUUCGCGCUCGCCUACACGCGACAAGGAUAGGUCGGACCGUCACCGUGAUCGGGAUCGAGAACGAGAUCGGGAAAAGACGCGUGAGCGUGAACGUGAGCGAGACGGUGAACGGGGAGAAGAUGGCAAGAGUAGCAGCACUCGAAGACACACAAGAAGCAGUCGGACGGACGGACAUCGGUCAUCGAGAACGAGUCGAAAGGAUGACAAGGAUGUCGGGUCUAACGCCGGUGACGAUGAUAGCGUUCGUGACGACGAUGGCAAACGAGAGAGCCGAAGGACAACUCGAUCAGAAGCGGAUCGAUCUCGAAAGCGCUCUCGUAGCUUGACUGCGGACGAUGAUACCGAUCGAUCACGCAACAAAAGACGGUAGAACCCCGGCGUCAAGUGUAAACCCUUGUAGAUAAUGCGAACGUCCCGUCGAUAUGGAUGAUUCGCUGUCAAUUUCGAAUGAUCACCACGUCAAUGGAGACGAAGAGCUAGUCUUUCUCGGUUGACCCCUAAACCUUGGUCCAUCGCUUUAUCUACCAUUGUCGGACUAUCAUACCAAAGUCGAUCAGGUUUAGACAGUACUCGUACAUCAGUUUCACCAGACUCGCAAGC